CCCCCCCCCCCCCAACAGGCCACUUCCUCUUUUGUCUAAUUUCAUGGCGAUCGGGAGAGAGGGAACGCCACCGACGCACGCACACUGCCUCAGCACUCUUGAAAGAGUUUAUCCGGGUGUAAGCAAAGAGGUCGAUCUGAGCGGCACCGUGGACGUUGUUCUCCAGGUGAAACUAAGUGGACAACAUUAAAAGGCCUCCAUAGGACUCGGAUCUGAUCUUCUCUGUCCCAGGUUCAGACUGCGUGGUCUAUGGCUCUGAUGGACAAACAUAAACAAGUCAAGCGGCAAAGACUUGACCGCAUUUGUGAGGGUAUUCGACCCCCCAUCCUGAACGGGCCAAUGCACCCGAGGCCCCUGGUUGCCCUGCUGGACGGGCGCGACUGCACUGUGGAGAUGCCCAUCCUCAAAGAUGUGGCCACGGUGGCCUUCUGCGAUGCCCAGUCCACACAAGAGAUUCACGAGAAGGUGCUAAAUGAGGCAGUUGCUGCCCUGCUCUACCACACCAUCACUCUGUCCAGAGACGACUUGGAAAAGUUCAAAGGCCUUCGUGUUAUCGUCAGGAUCGGCUCGGGCUUCGACAACGUUGACAUCAAAGCAGCGGCCGAGCUCGGCAUCGCAGUCUGUAACGUGCCAGCCUCGUCCGUGGAGGAGACAGCAGACACGUCGCUAUGUCUGAUUCUCAACCUGUACAGGCGAGUCACCUGGAUGCACCAGGCCCUCCGGGAGGGCACCCGGGCCUCUAGCGUGGAGCAGAUCAGGGAGGUCGCGGGCGGUGCCGCUCGUAUCCGCGGCGAGACUCUGGGCAUUAUCGGUCUAGGGCGCGUUGGCCAAGCUGUGGCUCUGCGGGCUAAGGCCUUUGGAUUCGGCGUGAUCUUUUAUGACCCGUACCUGCCCGACGGCGUGGAGCGCUCCCUGGGCCUGCAGCGCAUGGCCACUCUGCAGGACCUGCUCAUCCACUCUGACUGCGUAUCCCUGCACUGCAGCCUCAACGAGCACAACCACCACCUCAUCAACGACUUCACCAUCAAACAGAUGCGUCAGGGAGCCUUCCUGGUGAACACGUCACGAGGCGGUCUGGUUGACGAGAAAGCGCUGGCUCAGGCGCUAAAAGAGGGCCGGAUACGAGGGGCCGCCCUGGACGUCCAUGAGACAGAACCGUUCAGUUUUUCAACAGGCCCUCUAAAGGACGCCCCCAAUUUAAUCUGUACCCCGCACACGUCCUGGUACAGUGAGCAGGCCUCCGUGGAAGCCCGCGAGGAGGCAGCCAGGGAGGUUCGCCGCGCCAUCACCGGGCGGAUCCCGGACAGUCUGAAGAACUGCGUUAAUAAGGAGUAUCUGAUGGCGGCCUCUCAGUGGCCCAGCAUGGAGGCAGCCACUGUUCACCCAGAACUUAACGGAGCCACUUACAGAUUUCCUCCCGGUCUGAUCAAUGUCGCAGCAGCAGGGGGUCUCCCAGGAGCUGGUGCAGGGGUUGAAAGCCUCGUUUCAGGAACCCUGCCACAUGGCAUCACCCCCGUCUCCCACCCCCCUCACGCCCCUUCCCCUAAUAAGGCGGAAGCCGACAGAGACAUCCCCUCUGAUCAAUAGCCCCCCCCCCCUCCCCCCCCACCCUCCUGCUGCCACGAGCACAUUCCGUCGCCUCUGGAAACCACCCCCACCUCCCAGCAUCAGACACAGCCCCUCCAGUACAUCGGCAGCGCCAGUUUGACCUGACGUGGAUUGAUACAGUCUUGAUCCUCAGAUCACAUAACCAGCCCAGGAGUGACCUAGCCCCAUCCCACCCAAAGCCUCAGAACACACACACACACACACACACACCCCUCCAUUGUUGUCCUCAUCUCACCCACCUGCCACCCUCUCCUCCUUCCACUCCCCCACAAUGUCAGCAAUAACCGUGUUCUCAAGGAUUCAACGAUUGGAUUGAUUCAUUUCCAGAGUUGGCUGUUGUUUUAAUGGAAAGUUGCCCUGUUGUGGUUAUAGGUGUUAAUGUUUGUUUGUAAAAAAAAAGAAAACAACUAAAAACUAAAAAAAAAACCCUAUAUAGCAUUUCUGACAUGAGGCUUUACAGUCUGCAGUCCUCUUGUGACUAGUAGAGGCACAGAGGUUGAAGCCCCCGUUGUACAUUAAUGGCUCAUGUUACUGCUCUUCUUCUAUUCUUUUUCUGUUUAGCCCUUAGCUCCAUUGGCUCAGCGGGGGGUCUGCGAUGCCGUGUGGCGCUCUAUCAGACUUGAACAAUUCUGUAUCUGCUCCACUCGUACAGAUAGUGACACCCAACAUGGGCGUUUUUACUCGUAGUUUUAGGACAGUCGACCCUGCGUUCAAACCUGCUUUGGCCCUUUAUGGAUCAUUUUUUCUCUUUAGUUGUGAGAUAAUGGCGUCCUAUCAGAGCGCACCUGGGCAUGGAUUUCAUCUGGUGCUGGGGUGCUUUAUUCCAAAGUGUGAGGUCUCAUUUUUCUGGCCUCGCCAGCAGAGGGCAAUGUCUGAGCGCUCAGAGUCGAGUACUGAGAGGCAAAUCUCAGCCGAAGUGAUAAAGAACACGAGCACCCACUGCCAACUGUCACAACACAGGAUGGGCGAGCAGGGAGCGACUAUCGCCUUAUUGUUUUAUCAGGUCCCGCCGCAUCCCAACACCACCCGUUCAUCCACCCACCUGCUCCUCUCCCACCGUCAUCCCCCACACACCUCACACUCAUGGACCAGUAUGCAUCCACCGACUCCUCUAAUGUGAGGCGACGCUAGAGUUUAGUUUCCCUGUAAGAGCAAGGGAACAGUGUUCUUGCAUGCUGGCUUUAUUAAUGCAAGUUGUGUGUGUGUGUUUUAUGUGUGCGUGGGUGCGUAUGGGGUCGGGUUGUAUGUGUCUUUAUAUGUUCCCUCACCCUGUUUGUGAUAAGAAGCUAUUGUCUUUCCAAAGGAAUAGUCCCUAGGAGUAACUCUUUAACGCUGUUGCCCUGGUGUCAAGGGAACACCUUUCUAGUACCUCAGUAACAGAUAUUGAAUGUACCGUGCAUACCCUUUUAUUUUUUGUACAGAUUUUCUAGAAACUUCUUUAUUCUUUACCAGAAGGGUUGUGAAAUUGUAGCAGUAAUGAUACAAUAAAAUAAAAUAAAAACAUUGCCCCAUGAAAUGAAUUGACAAAAUCCUUUUAGGUUUGCUUUAUGUCGCUGAAUACUCAGAACCAAGGCCACUUUGAUUUCAGCACAACGCUUCCCCGUUCUUUGACUUCAGAGGGCAGUUGAUGUGUUUCAGCUAAGGAAUAAACAGUUAGCGGUAGCCUUGGUCGGCUGGUUUCUGUGUUUCUUCACUAGAACAGUAGACGGUUCUGUUCUGUUGGUCCGACUGCUCUGUCUAUAAUGCAUGGGAGGUAUUGUUUUAGGGCAAAUACUAUAUUGGUUUAAAUCAUUUUUGUCAUCUUGCUGUUUUCCCUCUGCUUUUCACCCCCCCCCCAGAGUGUUUUCAACACGAGUUGCCAUUUCUGUCGUGGUCAGUUUCCAGUGAUGUACAGUUUUCCCUCAGAGUCUAUAAGCGACACGGAGCAUGUCUGUGUCCUGAGAUGCUAGGCUCCUCUGUCAUGUGAUGAGUAUAUAUUUUUAAAAAUAACCCCCAUAGUUUGGAAUAUGAGCAUAAUAGUAAUCUUAAAUUUUGCUGUUGAUUAUAUAUAUAUAUAUUUUUCAGUUCAGCAGUGCACUGUUAUGAAACCAUUCUGUUUUAUUGUAGGAUUUCCUUUUCAUGGAUGUGUCGUCUGUGUUCUACAUGUUGUACUGAAACAUUUCAGAGAACAAAAAGAGAUCAUUCUACUGGUGAUUUCGUUUUUUUUCCUUUUUAUUUGUCUUCUCCCAACUGAAACCCUCUGGGCCUUACUUCUCCUCUCCCUGUAAAAAUAGCUGUUAUAGCAAGUCGCCAUGGAACCACUCACUGCCUUAAUACAGUUGACCAUAGAAGGUUAAGUCAGGAGACUCGUCCAGUCAAAAUGAACGGGCCACAAUCAGGCCUGCUCCGUGAAAGGCCCCCGCCCCCCCCACCCUGAUCCUGCAGCACGUUGCAUUGCUCCUUCACUGGUGAACCACAUUUGGCCUUGUUUUGGGCUCAAACACAAACAUCCAGUGGGGGUCUUACUGCGCAUUGAUGAGAUGUUUUGUCUUUUCUUUUUUUAACUUUUGAAUAGUUCAAGUCAGUCAGCUGACCACGGCGUUUGUGCGUAGGCUAACAUAAGCACAGUGUGUUUGCUCACCAAGCCACGGCCCCCACCCACCACUACCACCCUGGGGCUCUUAAAGCCUCUUUCACAGUGCUGCCAGAGCCCCAGUGCUGCUGGGGGGGGGGGCAUAGCGGACACUGGUCUAGUCUGGAUAAAAAAAAAUGAAAUAAUAAAAAUGACAAUGAGAACGGUCACUUUCUCUCUCAGGGUUCAAAUGCACACAUAUCUCCAUGUCUCGUGUCCCUUAGAAACCGCUCUCUCCUCGUUCCCCCUUUUGUGCACCGGUCUGAACUUAUUAUUUUUUUUUCUUCUAUUUUGCUUUUGGCACUGACAUCUAACCAACUAACAAGGAAUGAAUGAAUGAAUGUUUGCAAGUGACUGAUGUUAAAAAUUGGGAAAUGUAUUUUUACAACAUGUGAACAUUUUUUUCCACUCACUCUGCGUGAAUUGUUUGUUUUUUCUUUCACCAGACUGCAAAAAAACCCACAUUCUCAUGUAACUAGGCUCUUAAGCUUUAUUUUUGUUUUUGUUUACUUUUUUAUUAGAAACAAUCAUGUUUGUGAUGGUAACUUCCGAUGGUAAACUCCACACCGUAUUUUAAUAAAAUCUUAAAAAUUAAA